ACGAGAUCGAGCAAGAAUUACAACUUGUAAGUAAUUUUCAAGUCAUUUUUUGAAUUUGUUAUUUCUGUUAUAAGAAAAUAGAAGGAGAUUGGUUGAGGAUUUUCAUGUUCCUAGUUAGAUCUAAGAGAAAGAGUAUCAUCGAUAGUGAACAUUGAGUUUUUUUGAAAACUUAUAAGCCUUUAUAAAUGUGGGUUUCAAGUAAUUAUAAGAUGCGUGAACUCAAAAAGUGUUGUCUUGUAUUGCAGUUGGAUAGCAACGAGUUUUGCACAACCUUGAGAUUGCCUGGGAGGGUUUAUGAAGCUGUAGAACCACCAGAUAAUCCCAAAGCGAUAAUCCAUCACUCAAAGAUUGAUUAUGUCGAGAAGGUAGAAGAUAUAUUAGGAAAAGAAGAGUUCUCUUUGAUAGAGAACUCUCACAUUGGGAGCAUUUUGAAGGUGGUUAAAAGGAAUAGGGUUCCAUUUUCAGAAGAGUUGUUUCAUUUCCUAAUGCAGCGAAGAGUAUUGACGCAAAGAGAGGAUCUCUGGUUUACUUUCUCGGACCAGCCUAUGAGGUUUUCACUAAGGAAAUUUCAUCUGACAACAGGCUUACGUUGUGAGGAAGAUCAAACAAUAACAGAGCCGCAGUUCAAAAUAAUGAAGAAGCCAUACCUUUGGAUGCUGGGCAAGAAUGAUAAGUUUACGGUGAGAACAUUGUAUGAAAUGUUUAAAGAGAAAGCACGAAGCAUGCCAACACUAGAAAGAUUAUCCCUUGGAACAGCAAUAAUCACAGAAGCGGUAAUUAUGGCAGAAAACCCGAGUUCUAAAAUCCCGAGAGACAGGUUGCAGCGUUAUAUGAACUAUCGCUUACCCAAGAUGGCUUGGGGUAAAACUGCUUAUAGCAUCUUGAUGAGAAGUGUAAAAAAUUUGAGUGCAAGUUUCUGGACAGGAGAUAGUUAUGAAGUUAGUGGUUUUGCGCUAGCCAUAAAUUUGUGGGCAAUGUCAUCAGUGCAUGUGCUUGGUAAAUCUUUGGGAAAACCAUGCGAGACAUCCUCUUCUUCAGAUCCGUUGUGUCUAAAUUGGGACUCAACAAAAACUCCGACAAUAACUGAAGUGUUAGAGCUGGAGAAGAUAAACAAUGUGAGUUUUUAUAAACGUGUAUAAAUAUAUUCGUAUUGUAUUGUUUGAAAAGUGGAUUUCUAGGGACUCCUUGAAAAGGUCCACAAAUAGGUGUCUUGUAUGGAUUGUAAAUGUGACUUGUGUUUAUAAAAGAUUGUAAAUGUAGUUUUAUAGGGACUAUAUAAAUUAAUAUAUAUGAGGUUUACAGAGAUUUGUUUUAUUUAUUCUACAGGUUGAGGUUAGCACAGUGAUUGGAUUGGCCGAGGAAUACAAACAUUUGGUGGGGGCAACACAUAGUGACGAUGCUGACUUUCACAGUGUUGUGAAACUAGUUCAACAAGGAUACAAAAUGAGGAGAAGCGAUUGGGAGAAAGGUUUUGUGGAUAUGUUUGUUGCUACAGAAGAUAUAGGUCAACAACGUAAGACAAAAGACGAAGAUGCAGAGCAUGGUGAAGAUCUGAACCAUAGUGAAGAUGAAGAGGAAAAGAAAGAUGAAGAUUAUCAAAAGGAUAAGGAGCAAAGAAAAGAUAAAGAUCAUUCCAUUUCUAAAAGCGAGACACUUGAUAAGCUAAUCCAAAUGGUUCGUGAUUUGGAUAAGCGAGUAGUAGUGAUCCAGAAUGUUUUACGAGUUAAGGUAGCCAAUUGAAUUUUACCAAGUACUUAUCAAAUUUCACGUGUUAUUUCCCUCUAAUGAUUUCACUUGUUUUUUUGAAGUUUAAUGACGGUUCACCAAACAAAGAAGAUUGUGAGAAUGGAGCUAGUUCUGGUGAUAGAAGAAGUGCACAAAAUUAUGAAAAUGAAGAAGAUAAAAUUGAUUAAGAAGCAAACUCUGGUGAUAAAAAAAGUGCACCAAAUGAUGGAAAUGAAGAAGAUACAAUUGCUGAAGAAGCAAACACUGGGGAUGGAAGAAGUGCACUAGAUGAUGAAAUGAAGAAGAGAUAUGUGAUGAAGAAGAGAAAUCUGGUACAGAGCAUCUAAGGGAAGAAGAGAAUAUUCUUGGGGAAAAUGAGACUACACAAAAAAUCACCCAAGACGAAGACACAGAAAAAUUUGAAACAGAAAGUUGCUUGAAACAAACGUCGCAGGUAUGAAUCUAAAAAUAGGAUAUAAAUGUUUAUAAAUUUUUUGAUUUAGUGCUUGGCAAAUUGAAUUUCUUAUUUCUUUUGUAGGUUACGUCGCCUACUCCAACAUUCAAUACUCCAAACUUUGAUACAAGGGUACAAAAUUAAUAUAUUUUAUAAGGCCUUGUAAAGUUUAAUGUAUAUAUCAUAAACAUCUAAUUUUCAAAUAUUUUGUUUGCAGUUUACAUCGCCUACUCCAACAUUUACGUCUCCUAAGUUUGAUCUUCUUUCCAAAGAAAGUUGUCAUAGUGGAAAAUGUACAAAUGAGGUAUUUUAUAAAGCUUUAUAAACUAUUUCAUGAUCGAUAAGGCCUCUUAAACAAUUAUAUAAAGCGAUUUGCAUGAAUCAGGUUCUUAUGAGAGAUAUUUGUAAGAUUCCUGUUUUCCAACCUCUAAUGAAAAUUAAAAAGAGAUUGGUACAACAAGACAGCCAGGUUUGUUUUCCAAACUUUAUGAGUAUUGAUUUAUUUUAUAGACAUAAUAACCCUUCGUAAAAACUAUUUUUUUUGUAUGUAGGUAAACGAAGAUGUUGAGCCUCCACUUCAAAAGAAGAUUAAAGCUGAUACAAAUAAUGUUCCACUAAGAAGAAGUGGAAGAGGUCAGAUACCAUCCAUUCAUACACAACCCUCAUUUACAGGAGCAAGGAAGAAACAUCCGAUUCUUCAUCCCUUUGAGCCAGUUGAUAAAACAAGAAAGGAAAAGAUGAGAGAAUGGAAAAUGUCAAAAAAAAGAAAGCAAGUUUUAUUCUAUAAGAAACUAUAUAUUUCAUGAGGUGAAACUAGAUACCUUCAUAAUAAGUAUGAGUGUGCAAUGUAGGAAACUGGGAAUCAAUCAAGAGAUAGUAACCACAAAGGGGUUUUCAGAUAUUGAAACUCCCGAAAAAAACUUCCAAAAACGGUUAGACUAUAUGUGAACAAAAAGUCUUUAUAGUCCCUUAUAAAUUUAUAUUAAUCUUCUUUAUAAACUAUAAGAUCACUUUUCUGAGUAUUUGUUAUUUCUGUCUCAGUAUAUUCAAGCAGGUUUGAAGUUGCUGAAACUGAGAAAGAUAAACAAUCCAGAUUUGUUUCUGAACAAAACUGCCUUAGUUGUUGGAGUGAAGUUUCUUGAAGAAAUAGAUGAGCUUUAUGAUGAGUUUUUAGGUGACAAGGAAGGUUUCCAAUUUGGAACAGGCUUUGACAAGUACAACAUAGAGAAGAAUAUCAACUUCCUCUAUUCGGCUAUUGCAGUAGAAGAAAAGUAUUGGGUUGGAGUUGUAGUCAACUUGGAGAAGAGAAGUAUCACAGCAUUCAAUUGUGCAGCAAUGAAGUUCACAGAUCUGAGUUUGGUACCUUAAAUAAAUGCAUAUGCGAUGGCUCUCCCAUUCAUGAUUCGCAACUCCUUCAAAUAUGUCAGCAUGGAUACAAGCAAGUUCUCGAUAAAAAUUGUAUCUGAAGGUUUCCCACAAGUAACAUCUUUAUAACUGCUUAUAAAUCUUCAUGUUAGAUUUGUAUCAUAGAUCAAAUAACUUAUAUUAUAAUUUAUCUGCUUUGUUCUUAAGACUAAUAUAUUACUAACACAUUUUUGUUUCAGGUUCUUAAAAUAGAAGACAGUGGAGUUUAUGCAUUGAAGCUGAUAGAGUGCCAUGCAAUGCGUAUAGUGGACUUGACAAAGCUGAGUGAAGAAAAAAUUGCAAUCAUCCGAGAAAAGUUGGCGGUUGAUAUCUUCUCGGAAUUACAAUGAGUACUAAUGUGGGAAUGAACAAAAACUUUAUCACUUGCUUAUAGUUAUGUGUGAACAACUAUUUGUUUUAUGCGUGUUUGGUAAACUUUGUUUGUAGAAUUCUGAGUAUUAUGAGUUUAUGACUUGGAUUUAUGGCUUUGCUUUAAUUUAGAAAGUUAAAUGGUAAAUUUGUAUUUCGGUAGCUUUAUAACACAUUAUUAAAAAUAGUUUAUAACCUCUUAUAAAAUCAAAACAAAAUGGUUUAUUACAAAAUUUAUAUCUUAGUAGCUUUAUAACACCUUAUUAAAACUGGUUUUUUUAGCUCUUGUAAAAUCAAUUGAGUUUAGGAUAUAUAAAGGCGUAUUUAAAAGUUAUAAAGAUUUAUAAAUCUAUGAAAAUUAAUUUAUAAAGGUCUAUAAUUAAUAUAGAAAGGCUUAUAAAUUGGUUUAAACAAUUAAUAAUUAUUUUCAAGAGCUCAUCAGUUCAUAAACAAAAAGAAUUAAGGUUUAUAAAGUCGUAUAAACAACCAAAAUAAUUAAUAGAUCUUUAUAAACUAAUUUAUAAGGGCAUAUAAAUUUAUAUAAGAUAAAAAUAAAUGUUUACAAUGAAAGACUAUGUGUCCUAUAGGUUUAAGUUUCCAAAUUUGUAUUUCAAUAUCUUUAUAACACCUUAUUAAAAAUGGUUUGUAGACUCUUAUAAAAUCAAGGGAAACAAAAUGGUUUAUUUCAAAAUUUGUAUUUCAGUAGAUUUAUAACACUUUAUUAAAACUGGUUUUUUACCUCUUGUAAAAUCAAUAGAGUUUAGGAUAUAUAAAGGCGUAUUUAAAAGUUAGAAAGACUUAUAAAUCUAUAAAAAUAAAUUUAUAAAGGUAUAUAACUAAUAUAGAAAGGCUUAUAAAUCAGUUUACAAUAUUUAUAUACUAAAAUAAUGAUAUAUAAACACCAAUACUAGAAACCAUGUUAAGCAUAACGAGUAUGUGAUAUGGUCUAGUGGUAAUUUGAGGUUCCCUUAAAAUUCAGUUUAGUCGGAAUCCCGGGUUCGAACCAUGUCCUCAACAAUUUAUUUGUUUUUUAUCAUUUGACAAAGCGAUGGCAAAACAGUAAAUUUAACUCUUCCCACGCCACGUUUUCAUCCUCUUCCAUCCGACACGUUUGUUUUGCUUUCUUGUUUUCUAUCAUUUCUUCAUCGUUUUCUAUGUCCGUAAAUUCCAAGAAGAAGAAUCAACACAACGAUCUUCCUCAUUUUGAAUCAUUAUCGUGGCAAAGGUAAUUGAGUUUCAUCAUCAAUUUUGAAUCAACAAUCUAAAUCGAAUUGAAUUUUUGUUUGGAACCUAAUUGAUUGACUUAAAAUCUCAAUCUCUUUCAGUUUCAAUUCAAUUCAACUUGAAUCGAUUUUGGCAAAAGUUAAUUCAAUUACAUUCUCUGUAUUCUCUUUUGACUUUUUAUAUUCAAUUUAGAUCAAAUUGAAUUUUCUCUUUGCUUUUGUAUAUACACUCCAAAAUCAAAUUGAAUUUAUGUAUGGAACCUAAUUGAUUUAUCUAAAAUCUCUAUUUGUUUCAGUUUGUUGGAUGCAUGUCGUUCAUUUGAUCUUUAUUCACCUUCUUUCUUUCUUUUCUUGAUUUUUUUUUUGUGCUUUGCAUUUCCGAUUCCUUUUCAGGAGUAACCAAAGAUGAAGAAUUUGAAGAAAGAAGGAAAAAUUUUGUCUAUUGCCAAAGGUUGUGAAGUAGAAGUAUCUCUUCAAGAAGAUGGAUUCAAAGGUUCUUGGUUUAGAGCUAUCCUCGAGCAAAAUCCAACGAGAGUGAAAGGAGAAAAGCUUCGGGUUUGUUACAAAACUUUGCUCCACGAAGACGGUGUAAAUCCUUGCAAGGAAACUAUUGAAAGAUGUUUUAUUCGGCCGGUCCCGCCAGAGUGUAUGAAUGAGGGUGUCGUAUUCAAGGAAGGGUCGGUGGUGGAUGCUUAUUUUAAUAAUGGUUGGUGGACUGGUGUUAUCGUAGUUGAAAGGUCAGAUGGUAGUUUUUUUGUUUACUUUGAUGAACCACCAGACAUAAUGAGAUUCAUCAGAAGCCAACUGAGACCUCAUGCUGAUUGGAUCGGCUAUAAAUGGGUCAAAAGCAAAAACAAGGUAUUGUUUUCUUUGUAUGUUUUAAGUUCUAAAAUUUUGAAUUGUUGAGGGCUUUAUGCUCAUGUGUGAUUGUUUUGGAAUUGAAGGUAUUGAGUCAACAAAUAUUUAGAACAGGGAAGUUGGUGGAAAUGACCCGUGAAAUUAGUGACAGUGAAAAGGAAAAAAUUGGGUCCGAGCAUUAGUAAUUACAGAGAUUCAAAGGGGUGAUAGAAGGAAAUUUUUGAUCAAAAGAUGUACAAGCUCACAAAAUUCAAGUGAUGAAGCGGAAGGAAAACAUUCAAUAGUUGAUAUUUGCAAAAUUAGGCCAUCUCCUCCUCGAGAUCUUUGUGCAGAGUACAGUCUGAACCACAUUGUUGAAGUGGUUGUUACACAUGGGUGGCGCAAAGGUCGAGUGACGGAAAUUUUCAUUGAAAACAAUUACAAAGUGUAUUUCGAUGCCACAAAAGAGGAUGCGGUUUUUAAUUACACUGAGAUUAGGAUGUCAAUGGAGUGGCUAGGUGGUGUUAGUUGGAUUCACGCACGUAAGGUAUUUUCUCACACAUAAGUUGUAUUCAAUUUUGGUGUAAUUAAAAACCUUCCUACACCAUUUUUUCAGAGAGAAUUUGGAAAUAAUGCUGCCACACCAAUCAGAUCCGCUCAAGAGAGCCCUAGUAACACACUUGUUUUAGAAUUCAAUGAAGAUGAUACGGUGAAUGAUGAUGCCACCGAAAUCACAUCCUCUCGAGAGAGCCACAGUAACACUUCUGGUUUAGAAGCCACUGAGACUGAAAAACAAAACCAUGAAACCGUAGAUGGAGUGGAGUUACCAUUGCCUCAUGAAUCAGAUGAUAUGAUGGAUGAUGUAGCCACUCCAAUCAUAGACCCUCAAGAGAUACCACGAGGUAAAAUGUACAUUAGGAUUUAUAAAAGCCUAUAAAUAAUUUAUGAAGACUUACGAAUCUAUAUAUUAUAAUUUAUAAAGUCCAAUAAAUAAUUUAAAAGAGCAUAUAAAUAGUUUACAAGGGCUUCUAAAUCUAUAUAAAAAAUUUGACAAUUAUUUUGAAGGGCUUAUAGGGAUUUAUGAAGAUUUAUGAAAUAAGUUAUAAGGUAAUAUAUAAAGUCCUAUAAAUAAUUUAAAAAGAUUUAUAAAUCUGUAUAAAAUGAUUUACAAAUUUUGCGAAUAAUUAAUUUAUAAAGACUUAUGAAUCUAUAUAUAAUAAUUUAUAAAGGCCAAUAAAUAAUUUAUAAGAGCAUAUAAAUAGUUUACAAGAGCUUGUAAAUCUAUAAUAGUUUAUAAAACCAUAGUAUUGUUUCCUAAGCAUUAAACCAUAUAUAUACAUGAGCCUUAAACAUUGAUAAUCGAAAUUGGGCCUUAGAGAUAAAACCGUCACAAUUAAGGGUAAAAAGACGGGACCUUUCAUCGUCUUCCUCCGUUCGCGUCUCUUCCGAUACAAAUCCACAACCGCAUCUUUUGAUCUGUUUUUAUAUUCCGCCGUUUUCCAUUUCUUUGAUUACAAAAACCUACUUUUCACUGGUGGUUUUCAAUUACCAUCGAUUUCUCUUAACGCCGGUAAUGUUAUUGGUUCUUCUUGGUGAUUCUUC